GACCAAGCGCAGCGGCCUCUCCUCGUAUAACCAGACCACCCACCACCUUCCGUCCUUCCCAUUUCAGUUUGAGUUUCAAAUCUCUCUGUCUCACGCGCAACGUUAGUGCCGCUCCCCCUCCCUGCGAAACCCUAACCCUAGCCACCAUCAGCGCGCUCCCUCCCUCGAUCCUCAUGUCCGAUUCCGAAGCAUCCCCGACGCCCGCGGUUGCGGUCGCGGCGGUGGAGGUGGCGGCGGGCGAGAACUCCCCGUCUCCGGCGAGGAGUGAGGAGCUGCUGCCGGUGGCGGAGAAGAUCUCGGAAUUAAAUGAAUCACAGUCAGAGCUUUUGGGAAGACUUCGAGGUCUUAAGGAGGAUUUGCAGAGCUGGAGAAGCAAUUUAGACACCCAAGUGCAGAAAUACAAAACUGAAAUCUCCGAUAUCAAAACUGCACUUAAUAGUGAAAUAGACCAGCUGAAAUCAGAUUUCCAAGAACUGAGGACCACCCUUAAGAAGCAACAGGAAGAUGUGACUAUUAGCUUGAAGAAUUUGGGGCUAGAAGAUGCUACCGAAACUGAUGGGAACAAAGGAAGUGGGGAGGAAAAUACAAGUGAGGGUGCAUUAGGAAACAUGGGGGACCUGAAACUAGAAGAUUCUACCGAAACUGAUGGGAACAAAGGAAGUUUGGAGGAAAAUACAAGUGAGGGUGCAUUAGCAAACACGGGGGACCUGAAAUUGGAGGAUAAUCCAGAAAAUAAUGAUGAAAGCAGUGGGGUUGAGGAGGAAAAGAAUGAGGCCCCUGAAGAAGAUGGCAUGGCGGGCAAAGAAGGUACCAAGACGGAAGAUGACAUGGCGGGCAUAGAAGGUACCAUGACGGAAGAUGACAUGGCGGGCAUAGAAGGUACCAUGACGGAAGAUGACACGGCGGGCAUAGAAGGUACCAUGACGGAAGAUGACACGGCGGGCAAAGAAGGUACCAAGACGGAAGAUGACACGGCGGGCAAAGAAGGUACCAAGACGGAAGAUGUCAUGGCGGGCAUAGAAGGUACCAAGACGGAAGAUGACACGGUGGGCAUAGAAGGUACCAAGACGGAGAAUCCAAGCGACGAAUAAAUCAGUGCAUGAAUGGAAAGUAGAAAUGGUGCCACUUCUUUGGUGGCCCCGCAGUAGAAACUUAAAGGGCAGUGGUAGAUCGGUUCCUCUACAAGGGACGGCCCAUGCUCUGAUCAUCUGGUCGUGUAGCGUGGUCUUUCUCGAACGCUGCUGCGAUGAGUGGGCUCCAGCACGCAGGAAUUGUUGCAACCUGUUUAACUACCUUAUUAAUGUAAGAGUGCCCCCUCGAAAAUUUCACUGUUUUUGCUUGACCUGGGUUGUUUUGCUGACAUGGGAGCAUGAGUGUUGGCAUGGAAGAAACUUGUGUAGAGAUGUCUUUCUUAACCUUAAGGCGGCAUAUCUUCAUGCAUUAUUCUUUUUA